AUGUCUUCCUCUCUUCCCUCAUCUUGUAAAUUGCGGAGAAAGUUUCACCUUAAUGCAAUGCACAAGCCUGGCGAUGUGGUUCUGGGUGGGCUGUUCGAGGUCCACUACACCUCUGUCUUCCCUGAGCGGACAUAUACGUCACAGCCAAAUCCGCCCAGCUGCCAAGGCUUUGACCCUCCAGGGUUCAGGCAUGCCAUGACCAUGGCCUUUGCUAUUGAUGAGAUCAACAAAAACUCCACUCUGCUUCCUAAUGUGACUCUGGGAUACAGUCUUUAUGACAACUGUGCUACACUUGCUGUUGGGUUCAGUGCUGCAAUGUCAAUGGCGAGUGGUCAAGAAGAGCGGUUUCUGCUUCAGGAGAACUGUUUAGGGGCCCCUCCAGUCCUGGGGAUUGUGGGCGAUCCCUUUUCAACAUUUUCCAUUGCAAUCUCCAAUGUUCUAGGUUUAUUUAAACUGCCAAUUGUGAGUUAUUUUGCCACAUGUUCCUGCCUGAGUGAUAGGCAAAGGUUUCCAUCCUUCUUUAGAAUGAUCCCAAGUGAUGCUUUCCAGGUGCGUGCAAUGAUUCAGAUUCUAAAACGCUUUGGCUGGACCUGGGCAGGUCUGCUGGUCAGUGAUGAUGACUACGGACUCCACGCUGCCCGAUCCUUUCAAUCUGACCUGGCACUGUCCGGCGGAGGUUGUCUGGCCUACUCAGAGAUUUUGCCUUGGGGUGAGAACCCAGCUGAAGUAAAGAGGAUUGUGGAAGUGAUGACGAAAUCCACAGCUCGUGUGGUCAUCGUGUUUGCACAUCAGAUCCAGAUGAUUCAACUCAUGGAAGAGGUGGUGAGACAGAAUGUGACAGCCCUUCAGUGGAUUGCCAGUGAAGCUUGGACAUUACUUGACGGACUCCAUACACCGGCCUUCAUGCCAUACCUGCGUGGCACACUGGGCAUUGCUAUCCGUCAUGGAAAAAUACCAGGACUCAAGGACUUCCUACUAAGGAUUAAUCAUGUCCAACACCUCAACAGCAGCUAUGAUAAUAGCAUGGUGAAGCAGUUUUGGGAAUACACAUUUCAGUGUAGAUUUGCACCACUUCCAGCAGGUUGGGUGGAGGCUGGGGGAGAACCAUGCACUGGACAGGAAAAUCUAGAAAAUGUGGAGACUGAGUUUUUAGAUGUUUCUAAUCUCAGGCCUGAGUACAAUGUUUACAAGGCUGUGUACACGCUGGCGUAUGCCCUCGAUGAGAUGCUGCGCUGUGUCCCAGGGAGAGGGCCUUUCAGCGGGCACAGCUGUGCUACUUUGCAAACACUGGAGCCAUGGCAGCUGGUGUAUUAUUUGGAAAAGGUCAACUUCACCACAACAUUUGGUGAUCAAGUGUCAUUUGAUGAAAAUGGUGAUGCCUUACCAAUAUAUGAUAUCAUGAACUGGCUGUGGCUCCCUGAUGGAAAAACUAAAGUUCAGAGUGUGGGGGUUGUUAAAAUUGAUUUCGCUCUUCUUUUCCUGUAGCCACCCAGGUCAGUGUGUAGUGAGAGCUGCACCCCAGGGACCCGUAUGGCCAGGAAGAGGGGAAUGCCUGUGUGCUGUUUUGACUGCAUUCCUUGUUCUGAGGGAAAGAUCAGCAAUAAAACGGAGUCUAUGGAGUGCUCUUAUUGUCCAGAGGACUAUUGGUCCAGCCCCCAGCAUGACCACUGUUUUCCUAAGAAGAUGGAAUUCCUCUCCUACUAUGAUCCUCUGGGUAUCUGUUUGACCACAGCAUCAUUGCUGGGCACAUUUAUCUGUGCUGUUGUCCUGGGCAUCUUCACCUAUCAUCGCAGUACACCUAUGGUACGCGCCAACAAUUCAGAACUGAGCUUCUUGCUUUUGGUGUCACUAAAGCUAUGUUUCCUGUGUUCACUGCUGUUUAUCGGCCGUCCCAAACUGUGGACAUGCAAGCUGAGACAUGCAGCAUUUGGGAUCAGCUUUGUACUUUGUGUCUCAUGCAUCCUGGUAAAAACCAUGGUGGUUCUGGCAGUGUUCAAGGCAUCCAAGCCAGGAGGUGGAGAUAGUCUGAAGUGGUUUGGUGUUUUGCAGCAGAGAGGGACAGUUCUGGUUCUUACUUCUAUUCAGGCAGCAAUCUGCACCGCUUGGCUUGUCUCUGCCUCACCAGCUCCUUAUAAAAACACUCAAUACCACAAUGAUAAGAUAGUUUAUGAGUGUGUAGUUGGGUCUACAGUUGGUUUUGCAAUGUUAAUGGGCUACAUUGGCUUACUGGCUAUCCUUAGCUUCCUCUUAGCCUUCCUGGCGAGGAAUCUUCCAGACAACUUCAAUGAGGCCAAGCUGAUCACAUUCAGCAUGCUGAUCUUCUGUGCUGUGUGGGUGGCCUUUGUCCCGGCCUAUGUCAACUCUCCAGGCAAAUAUGCAGAUGCAGUGGAGGUAUUUGCCAUCCUGGCCUCCAGUUUUGGCCUUUUGGCGGCACUGUUUGGACCCAAAUGUUACAUCCUACUGCUGAGACCAGAGAGGAACACAAAAAAAGCAAUCAUGGGUCGAGGCACCACCAAGUCAUAA